GUCAACGUCGGGAUACGUCACAGGUCACGUUUGUGUGUGUGUUUGUACGUCCACAGCGGUGUCAGUACACGGCUUGGCCAUAGAUUCUUAAUAUGGACACAGACUAUGCGAAACAAAUCUCACCAUAGAAAGCAAGUUCCUGCACUUCAUUACCGGGCCCCGCUACAGCGAGGAUGUUCCCCAGCCUGGCCCACAGACCAUGGCAUGUCUUCUGCAGAGUCUCUUUGCAGCACAGGGCGUCCCUGUCUCAGCGGUCCCCGAGGCUCCCCCAGCCGUGCCACGGCUGGCAGAGCGGAAGCGUUCACAGUUUGUGGUUCAGCUUUCCGGACUGCCGUGUAGCGUCUCUGGGGAUGGGCAAGGUUCACUACUACUCUACCUCCGGUAACAGUAAAGAUGAUUCUCCCAAAUCACCGUCAGGUGAUGCUCCCACUGCAGAGAAGGUCCUGUCCGGUGCUGCAAAAGCCAGCUCAUUAGGUAUGUCUAAAGUUGAGACCAUUCAAGUUAAAGUCCGAGCUGUCCUGAAGAAGAGGGAAUAUGGAGCCAAAUACACUCAGAACAACUUCAUUACUGCAGUCAGAGCUAUGAAUGAGUUCUGCCUCAAACCAAGUGAUUUGGAGCAACUCCGGAAGAUAAGAAGACGCAGCCCCCACGACGACACAGAGGCUUUCACUGUGUUCUUGCGGUCAGAUGUGGAGGCAAAAGCUCUAGACGUGUGGGGAAGCCAUGAAGCUCUGGCCCGAGAGAGAAAACUCAGAAAAGAGGUGGAGAGGGAGUACCAAGAAAAUAUUUUUCGGAACCAGCAGCUGUUGAAAGAAUACAAAGACUUUUGGGGAAACACUAAGCCACGAUCGGGCAAGAGGGCAACGUUUCUACAAGGGCCAGGGAAGGUGGUGAUGGUUGCCAUUUGUAUCAAUGGACUGAAUUUCUUCUUCAAGCUCCUGGCCUGGGUCUACACUGGAUCAGCUAGCAUGUUCUCUGAAGCCAUCCACUCCCUGGCCGACACCUGCAACCAGGCCCUGCUGGCUCUGGGAAUCAGCCAGUCUGUCCGCAAUCCAGACGCCGUGCACCCGUAUGGCUUCUCCAACAUGCGCUACAUCGCCUCCCUCAUCAGUGGCGUGGGCAUUUUUAUGAUGGGAGCAGGCCUCUCUUGGUACCACGGCAUCAUGGGAUUACUGCACCCACAGCCUAUUGAGUCUUUGUUAUGGGCUUACUGUAUUUUGGCGGGCUCACUUGUAUCUGAAGGAGCCACCUUACUAGUCGCUGUGAAUGAAAUAAAGAGGAGCGCCCAUCAGCAUGGAGUGACUUUUUAUGAAUACGUAAUGCAGAGUCGAGACCCGAGUACUAACGUGGUGCUGCUGGAGGACGCUGCUGCUGUGUUGGGAGUCAUCUUGGCCGCUGGCUGCAUGGGACUCACCUCACUCACAGGUAACCCGUAUUACGACAGUUUGGGCUCUCUUGGCGUGGGCACGCUGCUCGGCACCGUCUCGGCCUUCCUCAUCUACACGAACACAGAGGCUCUGCUGGGACGCUCCAUACAGCCUGAGCAAGUGCAGAAGCUGACAGAGUUUCUGGAGAACGACCCUGCUGUAAGGGCCAUCCACGACGUGAAGGCCACAGAUAUGGGGCUCAGUAAAGUGCGCUUCAAGGCAGAGGUUGACUUUGACGGCCGAGUGGUGACACGGUCUUAUCUGGAAAAACAAGACAUCGACCAAAUCCUCAAUGACAUUCAGCAGGUGAAGACCCCCGAGGAGCUGGAGAACUUCAUGCUGAAACACGGGGAGAACAUCAUCGACACACUGGGAGCCGAGGUGGACCGCUUGGAGAAAGAGCUAAAGCAACGCAACCCAGAUGUCCGUCACGUAGACUUGGAGAUACUAUAGUACUUAUGGGACUCUGCUGAGGAGCUGUCUGGCUGUACAGAGAAGAACAGUAGAAGAAGAAAAGAUGAGAAGAGGGCCAAGCCUGCCUCCGCAAUCUGUCUUUGUCUGACCACCAUAAAUCACACCAGUCAUCGAGUCUUACUCUAGAAUAGUAAAGAAGAAUAAUCAACAUUUGAGUUCAGCAUGCCAGAGGUCCACUUUCCAGAGGUCCAAGAAAGUGUUUCUGGCAGGAGACUGAGGACUGACAUUAGUCUCCUGGUUGUCGUUUGAACUCACAUUCCUCCAUUAAUGUGUCUGGUUUCGGUUCGCGUCUCUUUCAGAAACAAAGUCAAGAACAGGACCAGUGUUUACUAGACAUGUACUUUAACCUUGAACCACGGUGAUAAUGUUUCCUCAUUAGUGCAAAGGAGUCCUUGGUACUACUUUGUCUUUAAUAUCUAGAUAAUAUUAGAUUUUGCUUUUAAUGAAAAAAAAACAGAAGAUGCUGCAGAUUCUCUAAUUAAGACGAGAAUUGUGAUGAAUAGAUUUUAUUGGUAUUAUAUAUGCAAAUUAAAUUUUCCUUUUAUUUGUAUGAUAGAAUUGGAGUAGGUGGAUAUUGAAUACGGUAGCACAUAAUGAGCAUCUGCACAAAGAAAAUAGAAAGCGGGGUAUUACUGCAUUGACCCUAUGUUGUCAUAAUAUGAUGAAGGCAAGGUGAAAGUCUAAAUACUUUUGUGGGCAGCAUAAUCUCAACUCAUGGCCAGAGGACUUAGAUUAACGACGAUGAAGCAUCAUCAUGAAAUGGGAAUCUCUUUUCUUUCACUUCUCCCUUCGCCAGCUACAAACUAUGGUCUCCAAAUUUGAGUUUUACAAACUUAUUGCGAGGUUUUCAGCUGAUCUGCAGUUGUCCGAGUGUAUUGAUCCAAAGCUAAAGAAGGACAGUGUGUGUGUAAAUAAGCAGUGUAUGAUGUGAAAACAUACCGAACCAAUGGAUUCGCUCCAUUCAGUGUCCAGCUAUCUAAACUCUAAACUGUAGUUCCAAUCAUCGGGGAAUGUCGCCGUGUACAGUGCGUGUGCUGAAUAAUCUACUCUGUGUUUCUGCUGUAUAAUCUGCAUAACAGCGACUGAGCUUUUCAUUCUGUGAGCACACAGCUGCAACAUCUUACUCUGCUUCAGGAGGUGGGCCAGAGCCACUUCAUCUUUGUUAAGAGGGUGGAUAUAUAUAAAUAUAUUUUUUUGAAGGUGAACAUUUUUUCCCCUUUGGUUACAACAACGUUGCCACAGCUGAAGGACUUGGAAUAAAACUGAAAUAAUUUAUUAAAUUAUUUUGCUUUUCUGUCA